UUCUCGUUGAAGCCCUUUUUAUAUAUAGGAAGAGAACUAGCUAUUAGUAUGUACUAUACUUCUAUAGCUUAUGAUCAAAUGGAUGGGCUUGAGAUACCCCCCUACUUCAUUUGCCCAAUCUCUCUUCAAAUCAUGGAGGACCCCGUAACCGUCGCGACCGGCGUGUCCUACGAUCGCGCUAGCAUUGAGCGCUGGUUAACGGUGUACGGGCGCGACAAGUGCCCGGUCACGAACCAGACGUUAGUCGACCGCACCCUCACGCCGAAUUCGACCCUUCUCCGCUUGAUACAGUCGUGGGCCGCCUGCGCAGCACAGCUGCCUGCUGCCGCCACCGCACGGUCUAACCCUCGAUUUGAUCUCUCCGACGUGCUUCGACAGCUCAGAGAUACCGAUGCGGAGCUCCAAAGAAGAGGACUCAAGAAGGUAAAGCUACUGGCAGAAGAUGAUGGUGAUUUCGACAGCAUGGCUUGCAUGGAGAAAGCCGGUGUCACGUCGCUCGUAGCGUCUCUAAUUGUCAUGAGGAAUACUGAUCUAGUACAAGAUGCCUUGGAUGUGAUAGAUGAGGCUACGAUCGUUUUGCAACAUCUCAAGCCGUCACCGCAAGCCAUAAAGCGACUCGCGGAGAGUAACAACGGUGAGCUCAUCCGCUCUCUAUCAUCAAUUCUUCAAAGGGGGUCAUAUAGAGCGAGAACCCACGCCACCCUUCUCCUCAAAUCCAUAUUCAAGGUAGUCGACGAGGGCUACAAGUCGAAUCCGCCUCCCGAUCUCUUCGACGGGGUCGUCGAGAUACUCAAAGACCAGAACUCGGCGCGAUCGACCAAUUUAGCCGCACUAUCCAUCUUAACCGAAGCGCUAGCGCUCGGAAAGAACCGCGCAAAGGCCGUGGAGGCGGGGUUGGUUGCGGUGAUAAUAGAAUUGCUGAUAGAGGAGAACGGCGACCGCCGUAGCUGCGAAGCGAUGCUGUACAUAUUGGAGUUGGCUUGCGGGAGGGCGGAGGGGCGGGCGGCGGUGGUGGGACACCGGGCGGGGGUGGCGGCGGUGGUGGGGAAGGUGUUGGGGGUGUCGGGCGGGGCGACGGAGAGGGCGGUGAGGGUGUUAGGGUUGCUGUGCAGGUACUGCAGGGUGGCGGAGGAGAUGGCGGAGGUCGGCGGGGUCGCGAAGCUGUGCAUGGUGGUGCAGGUGGAGGGGAGUAGGAGGAGUAGGGAGAUAGCCAAGGAGAUCUUGGGGAUGCACUUGAGAACAUGGAGCAGGUCCCCUUGUUUCCCUUAUUCUUAUAGCUUGCCUUAUUAA